GCAAGUCUGCUGUACUUUGCCCAACCCCUUGCUUGGAAUAAUUAUGGACCGUUCCAGGAAAAACAAUCUUAAGCAGGAAACAGGCCCAGCUCAGUGCUAUGAAAGCUCACACUAUUAUCACAUGAAAUGAAAAUGCUCAUGACUCCGGACAACAAACCUGAUGGUGGCACUUUUUAGAGGGUAAGUUGAACUGUUUUGGGCGGGACGUCCAGUUCCACGUCAACACUUUCCACAACAAACACGUUCCACUGGUUUCACCAGAGCUUCCUGAAAGAGUUGGAAUGGAUCUUGUGAAACAUACCGGUGGCUGCCACUGUGGGGCUGUUAGGUUUGAAGUCUGGAGUUGUCCAGACCUCCAUGUUUUUGAUUGCAACUGCAGCAUUUGCACAAAAAAACAGAACCAUCAUUUCAUCGUCCCAAAGAAAAACUUCACACUCCUGCAGGGGUCAGAUAAUCUUACCACAUACACGUUUAACAGUCACGUUGCGAAACACACCUUCUGUAAAACCUGUGGGGUUCAAAGUUUCUACAGUCCACGCUCCAACCCUGAUGGCUUCGGUGUUGCUCCACACUGUUUGGAUCCAGGUACUGUUCGAAGUGUCACAGUGGAGAAGUUUUGUGGGGAUAAGUGGGAGGAAAGCAUGCAAGCUCACCAGACCAUCAGAGACAUGUCUAGACAUGCAGCAGAGGCACAGCUGACAGAAACAAAACACCACCACUGAUACCAGAAUCAAGCUUUUAUUUCAAUCAGCAGUAUAUCAGAAAUACUAUACAAUAUUUUCAACAAUCUUUGCAAUAAUAAAAUGAAGAGAAGAAAAACUAUAA